GGCAAUUCCGGCGAGGAGGUAGAUUAUGGAUUUCUCUCGAAUUCGAAGCUGCUCAAUACGGCGAUUACGCGGGCGCAGAGCUUGGUAGCGGUCGUCGGUGAUCCGGUUGCCCUCUGUUCCAUCGGGCGCUGCCGGAAGGUUUGGGAGCGAUUCAUCGAGAUUUGCUAUCAGAACAAGAGCCUGUUCGGUAUCACGUGGUCACUGUUGCGCUCGCAGCUUGAUGGUGUCGAGCUGAAGAAGACCUACGUACUGAAUCCGCUUGCACCGGAAUUCAUCCCGAGAGCCCUCCAGGGUGAGGCGUAUCUGCGCGAUCAGGCAGCCAGCUUGGGCACUGUGGGUGGUAGUGGUGGUGUUGGUGCCGGUGGCAGUACUUCUGUUGGCAGUACCGGAGGUAGUGUUGUGACAGCUUAUCAGCUUCAUCAUGCUGGUCACAGUGCAGGAGCUGGAACAGGAGCGGCAGGAGCAGGAUCAUCAUCACAUCAUCAUCACCAUCAUGGAGCACACUCCAGUACGGCGACGAUUGCACGCGACCAACAACAGCAGCAGCAACAGCAACAGCAACAACAGCAGCAGCAAGCCACAGGUUCUCAUCCGCAUCUGCCACAACAUCAGCAAACACAGCAGAGCGUGAAUCAGUUUCAUCCGAGCAGUGCUUCAAUGGGUGGUGGUGGCAGCUUUCCUCUCUCUGCAGCUGCUGCCGCUGCAGCAGCAGCAGCAGCAGCGGCAGCGUCAGUUCCGGGUGCUGUAGGCAACUUGAUGCGCAAUCCAAUUACUCUGGCGCCUUUCAUGGGACCAGCAGGUUCGGCUAGUAGUAAUGCCGCUGGACCAACGGGCGUUCUGCAGUCACAUCUGCAAUCCCAACAAACCUCGCAACAGCCACAACCUCCAUCACAACAGCAGCCGCAGCAGCAACAGCAACAAUUUCCUUACCAGAACCCAUUGUACUUUUACCAGCAGCAGCAACAGCAACAGCAGCAGAGCUCCCAACAAGAUGCGAUUCGUGGGGGAACGGCCGGACCCGGUCAGGGACUGGUACCUGCCGCACCCCAUCCUUCGGCUCUUGCUGGUGCUGGGCCACCUCUCCCACCGAACCUGAUCCCACCGGUUGCCAACGGAGCGGCCGCCAAUCUGUGGGGUGCACCGGGUAACGCAGCUGCGGCAGCUGUGGCAGCAGCUGCUGCCGCUCAUGCAGUUGCAGCGGCCGCUGCUGUAGCUGGCGCUGGAGCUCACUUUCCGAUGGUGGCCUCACCGGGCGGCCGAAAUACACCCCCGGGGUGGCGUCUGGCACAGCAGAAGAACACACCGCAAGCGAUGCGUGCCCAGCUUGGCCAACCGGCAGCCGCUGCGGCUGCAGUAUCCCAUCUCGCUAUGGGAGGCCUUCCACCCGGUCGUCCACCACCACCAAUCCUAGCUGCGGCACAACCCAUGCGUAGCCCAACGAUCGCUGGUUCUCAGCAGCAGCAGCAGCAGCAACAGCAACAGCAAGCGGCCAUUGCAUCGUUGCCGCCCUACUUCCAACAGAACAAAGGAUUACUGCAGGGUGGUGCUGGUGGGGGUCUUGGUGCUACCGCUGCAGGAACCGGAGCGGGAGCAUUUGGCGUUUACCAUCUGAAUGGACAGCAGCUGAGCCAACAGCAGCAACAGCAGCAGCAACAAGGUGCUCAUCCUCAUGCCGCUAUUCGUCCACUGUUGGGUGCUGGUGGUCCACUUAGUCCCGGUGGUUUCCAGCCUCAACCCUCACCCCAGUCACACUUUCACUCACAGCCCACCGAUCUUGCCUAUCUGGCAGGGCUGAGGGGCGAUAUGAUGGCUAUGGCCGGUGGUACCGCAAACCGGAUGCCAUCGCUCGGCCAAAAGCCUCUACCGUCGCGACUGGGAAAGAUGGGUGGCGGUGAGGGUGGUGGAUUUGGAGCCGGGCUCGACAAAUCGGCCGCCGAUUAUCAGUUCCUGCAGAACGUCCACUUUCCGGAGUUGCGUUCACAAUCCCAGACACUGCAGCAACAGCAGCAACUGCAGCUACACCAACAGCAGCAUCAGCAUCAGCAGCAGCAUCAGAUGAUGGCGCACGGAGGCCAUGGAUCUACCGACUUUAGCCACCUGUUGCCGCCAAACAUGAGCUUCAUCGAUAUGGCGAUGCAGACGAAGGAGUGGCAGUACUAUUGGUUCAUGAAGCUAAUGGAAACGAAGGGCCUCGAGGCGGCCAACAAGUUUACCGACAUCCUGCGCCAGGUACCAACGGCCGUCGCGGCCGCUAACCAGUCGCUCAAGACGCCCUCGCUACCCCUCACUCAACUCCAGCAGCAGCAGCAGCAGGGAUUGAAUGUCGGACUAAAGCAUGCAGGUGCGCAGAUGGCUGGUAGUGGUGCGGGAAUGUCGGCACCCGGCACCGAUCUCUUCCUAGAGAACAUCCUGAAUCCGAUGAAGGAUCAGCAGCAGCACUCCUCCUCGCUACACGGCAACAGUAUGCUCGCCAAUGGUGGGUUGGCGAUUGCUGGGAACA